GUUUUUUAUUUGUCCUUCCCCCAAGAUGCCACGCCCUCACUUUUACUGAAGACACCAACAUGGCGGCCAGUAAUUACUAUGGUUUUGGCAACGACGGACAUAGCGGUUCACACACUGGACCCUCAUAUUCCCAUCCUCCACCAGCACACAAUUUUCCUGUUCAGCAGCAGAGCUCUGCAUACUUCGGAGACAUGAAAUACCAAAACGCAUCACCAUACACACAGCCAGCAGCUCCUAGGGGGUAUGGGAAUCGCCAAAAUUACAUGGAAAGUGAUACAAGCUUUGGAGCCAGAGAGGAAAACCAAUCGCAACAUUCAAUGCACGAUCAAGGCUACCAGGAAACUUAUUAUGAUCAUUCAUCAAGUAGCCAUCCCGGUAAACCUUUCUAUCAAGAUCAGGAGCCAGAGUAUCCAGUGUCUGACACCUACGUUGAGGAUAACAAGCAGGGCAGAAAAGGAUCGUGGAACACCCCCUCAGAUCUAAGCACAGAGCCUGCUGCGAGUUACCAUCCUGUGCAACAAAAUCGAUACGAGUAUGGAUCUCGUGGCUCUGGAGACUCUAGAUAUAAUGGAUCUGGCUUAAGUUACACUAGGAAAGACCAAUAUCCAUACAAGCAGCUGAAAUCAAAGGGACCUCCAAGACCACCACAACUGCUCUACUGCGAAAUCUGCAAAAUUAGCUGUGCAGGAUCUCAGACCUACAAAGAGCAUUUAGAAGGACAGAAGCACAAGAAAAAGGAGGGAGCACUAAGUUCUGCAUCCUCUUCUCAGCCUAAUUUAAAGGCGGUUCAAACACCAUUCCAUUGCAAUCUCUGUGUUAUAUCGUGCACUGGAGCAGAUGCCUAUGCUGCACACAUAAAAGGAGUCAAGCAUCAGAAGGUGGUGAAAUUGCAUACUAAACUUGGAAAGCCAAUCCCCCCAGUAGUGCCUGCUGGAGUAAAUUCUGAUCCCACCUCUUCAUCUGCAACUACCACCAAACCUCCAUCCAGUACAGUAGCUUCCCCGCCACAAAAGUCAACUGACUGGGAGACCACUUCUGCAAGAUCUCCACAGCUUACAACAAAUGUCACACAGGAUAAUGCAUCGCUCUCAUCCGCACUAGUGACUGAAGCAGACCAAGAGGAUAGCCAAGAUGGACUUUCUGAGUCACAGCCUGUUGGACAAAACUUUGUUGAAGAGGUCCGUAAUGAAGACGGGAAGACUGUACGUUUCCAGUGUAAACUCUGUGAGUGCACCUUCAAUGAUUUGAAUGCCAAAGAGAUGCAUCUGAAGGGCCGCCGGCAUAGGCUGCAAUACAAGAAAAAAGUGAACCCACAUCUCCCAGUUGACUUGAAACCAAGUAACCGACCUAGGAAGCUGCUAGAGGAGAGACCGAGGAGACAUCGGGAUCAGAGAAAGGCAAUGCAGAGACAGUGGAAGGAUGAACAUUUUUUGUGGUGCAUGGAAAUGAGCAGACGCUAUGAGGAGGACAUGUACUUGAGACAGCUGGAAGAGGAGUACAUGUUUUGGAGAUACGAACAUGAGAGACGCAUGCACUACUGGGAAUCUAUGCACCUCAGGGGUAGGACAGGUGGACCUCAACCACUCAUGCCCUCCCUUUCUCCUCAGAGACGUGGCACCAUAGAGGACCACUACAUUAUGAGAAAACAUUCACAAAUUUAUCCCAGUGAAAAAGAGCUUAAAGCUGUACAGAAAUCUGUAUCUUUGUCUGAACGAGCUCUCAAACUUGUGUCUGAUAAACUACGAGAGGAAAAUGGAGACAAAGACUCCAGCAAAGGAAACACUUCACUUCUCCUGAAGGGGGUUGUACGUGUUGGGCAUUUGUCAAAGGGCCUCCUUUUGCGUGGAGACACAGAUAUCCAUCUGACCUUGCUAUGUGCAGAAAAGCCGAACCACGUCCUGAUGGAAAAGGUAGCCGAGCUCCUACCAGUUCAGCUAGAGACGCUGACAAAAGAGAAACCGAAUGUGACACAUGAUAUGGAUGAAGCUCAUUUCAUCAUUACCUUCCAAGGAGAUCCCACAAUAAAGGUCACUGUGUCACUUACAUCACAUGCCUUGGGUAUUAAGGAUGAUGAGAAUGAUGAAGGGACGCCAUCUGAGGAAACUACUUUGUUAAAUAUGGACAAAUGUACAAAGUCACUGUCUCGCCUUCGGCAGGCUAAAUGGUUCCAGGCACAUGCAGAUGGCUUGCAGUCUUGUGUCCUUACUAUCCGCAUUUUACGUGACUUGUGUCAGAGAGUGUCAACGUGGACAGCUCUGUCAGACUGGGCUCUGGAAGUACUAGUAGAAAAGGUCCUGAGUUCUGCCUCCUUACCACUCUCUCCCGGAGAUGCCGUACGAAGGGUGUUAGAGUGUGUUGCUUCUGGGGUCCUCCUUUUGGAUGGGCCAGGUCUAAAAGAUCCAUGUGAGAAGGAGUCCUGUGAUAUGUUUGAAUCUUUGACCAAGCAAGAGCGGGAAGACAUCACAACUAGUGCACAGCAUGCAGUCAGGCUGAUAACCUUCAGGAAGAUCCACAAGGUAUUGGGUAUGGAACCUAUACGCACUGGCAGAAACAAAGCCAAUGUACAGAAUAAGAAGCGUCAGCUUGACAGUACUGAUAAAGCAGUCGAAGGAGAGGAAAAGAAGGUCAAGACAGAGGAUGCACAAAACGUUUAACCAAAUGACCUAUGAUUUCUGACAAAAGUAUCACACUUGUAAAUAAAGGCUUAAAUAGAACUUGAAGAUGGAUAGUUGUGUACAAACUUCUUGUUAUUUGCAGCUUAUAGCCACAUACUUUUAGCAAAAUAAAUAUACAGACAUAAGGGCAGAUUUAUUAAGCUUGGUGAAGUGAUAAAUUGGAAGGUGAUAAAGGACCAGCCAGUCAUCUCCUGUCAUUUUUCAAACCCAGCUUGUAACAUGGAAGUUAGGAUCUGAUUGGCUGGUCCUUUAUCACCUUCCACUUUAUCACUUCACAGAGCUUAGUAAAUUUGCUCCAUAGUACUGUAGAUUUCUUUUUAGUAGUAUGUGAACGCACAGGGAAACCAUGUAUGGAAACGCAUGCAUUCUCUUGCUUUGUCAUACAUUUAAAAGGAAGCUGCUGCAUCUGUAUACAAUUUCUUCAAUCAGAAAUAUGCUUACCCUAAAUUAACACAAUGUCAAUACAGUACUAAGCUGUAAAACAUGUCAUACAGUCUCUAGUCACUGAACCAUGCUAAUGUACCCAGACAUGAAUCUAUAGUACACUGAACUAAUACCACUGCAAACUAUACGGACGUAUCUUUCUAUGUUAACAAUUUUUAAAUUUUCAGUUUAAAAUUAUUUCCCUUAUUUAAUUGGAAUAUAGUUUGAACAUUGACGGUCUAAAGUUUGUCAGUAUUUUUUAUUUUAUUUUUUACACUUCUGAUAGGGACAGUGGAUAUAAAUUUUGAUACCCUUCUGUUAUAAGGGUAGUGUCAGACAGGCGUUUUAGAACACAGACUAUCUUUAUUUUUUGGCCAUGAAACUAUGGUGUUCUAAAUAGAAGCAGGUCAGUGCAUCACAGAAGUUGGUGGGGGGUCCUACUACCUGAAACCUUAUUAAUUUCCCUGUAAGAAUGAUGCAUGUGGCCUAUUGAUACCAGAAUAACAAUGGUGUUACAAGGGUACAGCAUGUGGCAUUCACUUUAAUUUCUUGGUAAGUGUUCUCUCACGCAGUCUGAUUCUGACACGAAUAAUUCUGUUCCAAAUCUUGUCAAGUAUCCAGGUUAUUCAUUCCCUUUUCCAACUAGAAUGUAACCAUUUGGAGUGUAUGCACUAUGAGGUUGUGGCUCUCACAUCCAACAAAUGUUCUAAAAACCUAAGACUCUUUCCUCCACAACCCACAUGUGCAUAUAUUAUUUUAAGUUUGCAGUACAUAUGUUAUAUGAGCGCAUGUAGAUGUUUAACAGUAAGACAGUCUGACUUACACAAAUUUUGACUGAUCAUUUACAAAUGUGUACACAAACUUGUAGCACACAUGACUGAUGGUUUAAUCUUUUCAGGCAGAUGUUGGUUUUACAUGUAAGCAUAUAUUUAAGUUUUUAUUCUGUGAUUAGUAGUUUAUACUGUUUAAAAAAAAUUGUUUAGUGCUUUUGAACUGCUUUUUCUUUUCAUAAUGUUCUGUAAAUUUGUUCUAGUUUGUCAUAAAAGUAUUAAAAAAAAAUUGAAAUUG